GUCUCUCACUCACCAUGAGCCGCGUGACUGUUGUGCUGUUGGCGUUGGCGAUUAUAAGUCUGUCGGCAGGGACCCCCGUGACACAAGAGAAGAGUCGCCGGUGUCCCAGGCAGGCGAAAUGCAAUCUUGCCGCCUACCGUCACCACCCCUGCUGCCAGUCACAACCCUCGCCGUACACUCCUCCCCAGCCUUUCCCCAACGCUCCCCGCGAGCUCUUACCCCACCCUCCUCUCCAGCCACUACCAAUACUUAAUCGGUGUCGCAGGGAUAUUAACUGUACCGCUCCACCUCCGCUUCCCUGUGGAUCUAACUGCAGUUUGAUUAUCCACCCACAAAAUCCAUGUUGCCAGCCACAACCCCUGCCAUAUCCCCCUCCCCAGCCCCUGCCAUAUCCCCCUCCCCAGCCCCUGCCAUAUCCCCCUCCCCAGCCCCUGCCAUAUCCCCCUCCCCAGCCUCUGCCAUUUCUCCCUCCUCAGCCCCCAUCUUAUCCCACUCCUCAGCUUCCAUCUUAUCCUCCUCCUCAGCCUCUACCUUAUCCUCUUCCUCAGCCUCUUCCUUACCCUCCUCCCCAAGAGCCACCACCGGCAUAUCCGUGUCCCUGGGAAGUUGACUGCACCUUGCCAAACAUUACUCCAAGUCCCUGUUGUCAGUCCCAGCCUCUUCCUUAUCCCCUCCCACAACCUCAGCCUUACCCUACUCCCCGACCUGAACCUUACCCUCAGCCGCAGCCUAUACCUUACCCUACCCAACAACCUCGGCCUUACCCUACUCCUCAGCCUCUUCCUUAUCCUCCUCCUCAGCCUCUACCUUACCCAGUCAGUAGGUGUCCCUUGGAGACUAACUGUAAUGCCUAUCCAAGCCCAGGAUGUUGCCUGUUCCAGCCGCAGCCACAGCCUAUAAUCGACACUCUCGCACCCCCUCCAGCAACAUGGAUCCCGCCGUACAUAGUCCCGAAAACAAAAGCAGGAUCCGUCACCAUCGAUGAUCCUGCGUUUGAAAACAUCACGGAUCCUGUUAUGGUUGUGGUGGCUCCUGUCGAAGCCGCCCAGCCAUGGUAUCCGCCGCCGAGACCGGUCGGAUGUGGAAUGAACAGGCCAUGUGGCAGGUGCCCUCCUCCGCCCCCUGUGCCGCCUCCAUGUCCUUACCAAGCAAACCAACGUGUCCGCCGCCGCGCGCAACGGCGGUGCCUUGUGGACGGCCACUGCCCGGAAGGAACCUCCUGCUGCCAAAGUGGAUGCAAUGCCAUGGGGAGCGUCUGUGUUCCCAGCACUCAGUCUCCGUCAGCAGACCCGCCUUCUAAUACGGUGAAGGUGAGUGUGGUGAUGACCUCCGCCAGCAAUCAAGCUCUCUGGUUCCUCAAGACCCAGAUGGCGCCGUUUGUACACGCCCUGCCGCACCUGCUGAACCUCGAACUCAUCCCGUACGGCAGCGUGACUGAGGACGGUGAGUGUCAGUUUGGUCUCGGGGACUGUAUGGGCAACUGGAUGGUGCUAUGUGCUGGGCAACACCUGUUUGACACCAGUGCUGCUCACCUGGCCUUCACCACCUGCCUCAUGGACAACACCGCCAUACUUCAAUCAGACAACUUCACUGCCAUCAUGGACGCCGCUGUGCAGUGCGCCGUGGAUGUUCCAGACAAGAUUGAUGACCUGUAUAACUGUGGGGUGAGCGAGGAGGGUUACCAGCUGUUCAGGGACGCUGGGCAGAGGCAGCGGGAGCUGGCAGCUAUCGUGACGGAGGUGCCGAUUGUGGCCCUCAAUGAGGUGGCGGUGGUGAGGCGCGGCAGCCAGAUGGGUCAGUUCCCGGAGUUGCUGUGCCGAGAGAUGCAGGAGGACUCCUCAGCCCAGGAGUACUGCCGGCUCAUCCAAUCGAACCAGCGAGAGGUGAAUUUCCGUGAAUAAUGACUUUGUGUCUGCUCAAUCACGCCAGAGGCUCGCUCACCACGCCUAUGUUCCUCCCUCACAGCCGUGCUGGAAGGCUGGCUUGGUUACCUCAGACGACAUUGGUGACGUCGUUACACACAGUAUUUUCUAGAAGUUCACUUAUAUACAUGGAAAAAACAUUGUAAAUAUAUGAAGUUCUUGUU